AAAGUGUUGUGCACGUCAGCGUAUAAGUGAUUGGGCGCUCAGCUAACCUUAUCGCAUCUCUAACAUCUAACAGCGGCGUUGAAUGUGAAUUGAAAGACGCGCAGCGGUUGAAACACAAACAGUCAAACAGCGUUGAUAAGCGCAAGCAAUGUAGUUCUAGCAGCUCAGCUGAAAACUACUUUAUAUACUUUCAAUUCAGAAAAAAAUUUAUUGUGUAAAAAAUCAGUCAACUAAGCAGAUGACAACCAACGAAAAAUAUCAAGUUUUCAAUUAGAGCCGAUUUCCAGAAAAGUAUCGCCUGAAGGGCGAUUAUUUUCGCAAAAAUAAAAAAAAAUUAAAAUCGUAACUGCAUGCAUACAUACAUACAUGUAUCUAAAUAGCACAAGAAAAUAAAACAAACAAAAAUAGCAAAAAUCCCCUGUAGCCGUGUUAAAGAAGCAAAAUUUUAAGUAAUUUAGUGGCAAAAUGGUUUGCGUGACGGAGGAUACUUUCGGCACCACAACUAAUCCUCUAACUAAGAAGGAGGAGGUGAUCAGACGCUUCACCAUCACCAACGAUCGCGGGAUGUCGAUGCAGUUGAUAACCUACGGUGCUACAAUCACAUCACUAAAGGUGCCCGAUUCGCAUGGCAUGGUUGACGACAUCACGCAGGGCUUCGAUAAUAUUGAAGGCUACUUGACCACAAAUAAUCCCUACAUCGGCUGUACAGUGGGACGUGUUUGUAGUCGCGUCGGCAAUGGAAAUUUUACGCUCGACGGCAAACGGUAUGAGGUCACCAAAAAUUUCUUAGGUAAGCACAUGUUGCAUGGUGGCACUCAUGGCUUCAGCAAGGUUAUAUGGGAGGUGGAUCAAGUGCGACCGGAUGGUGUCGUUUUCAAGUUCGUUUCGCCCGAUGGUCAUGAGGGCUUCCCCGGUGAAGUGGUGACUACCGCCACUUACACCAUCACCGAUGAUAAUUGUAUGCGUUUCUGCUUGGAAGCAACCACCAGCAAGCCGACACCGGUCAAUAUGACUAAUCACGCAUACUUUAAUUUGGCGGGCCAUAAUUCCGGCAAGCAAGGCAUGUCGGAACAUAUCGUCAAAAUUAAAGCUGAGUGCAUCACAGAUAUGGAUGAAGAUACUGUGCCUAAUGGCAAAUUUAUUUGCUUGGACAAUCACCCAUUGGACGUGCGGAAGUGGACGAAUGUGGGUGAAGGGUUGAAGAAAAUUGCCGGCAUCGCUAAGGGAUACGAUCACAAUUACGUGCUGAAAUAUACACCUGGGUGUAUAGAAAAGCAAGCUAAAGCCUUCCACCCUCCGAGCGGCCGCUGCAUGGAAAUUUCAAGCAAUCAACCCUGUAUGCACUUCUACACUGCGCACAACAUGCCCGACUUGGAGAAGAAAAAGGGUAAACAGAAAUCCGACCAGCCCAUGAUCGUCGGCAAGGGAAACAGCCUGUAUGAGAAGCACGGCUCAUUCUGCAUGGAGACGCAUUGGUUCCCGGAUGCUGUGAAUCAUGAAAACUUUCCUUCGGUUAUACUGAGACCCGGCGAGACGUACCAACAUGUCUGCAUAUUUAAGUUUGGCGUUUAUGAUCCCAACUGCGAGUAAAGCUCUGAACCUCAGUCACGAAACCUAAU